UGGUAAUGCAGCUUCCAUAGGGCUGCUUGCAGUCCCCAAAGGGCUGAGUGGCCUGGAAGGUCUUAGACCAUGUCUCCUUCAGGUAGACCACAGCCCCUGAGCCUCGUGUUUCUUUUGGGGAUGGGGAUGGCAUCGGAGAGGAUCAACUGCCCAAGCAGGUGUAGCUGUCAGUACCUGGAAGUGAACUGCACAGGCCAGCAGUUGCAGGAGUUCCCUGCGGCCAUCCCGCUGGACACCAGGCAGCUGAUUCUGGCGGCAAACAACAUCUCGUACCUGCCAGCAGUGGAAUUGAGCUUCUUGGCUGAUUUGGUCUAUCUGGACUGCAGGAAGAACCUCUUGGGGGAUGACCUGGAUUUCACAUUCAUUGGUGUGGCCAAGCUUGUCUAUCUGGACCUCAGCUUCAACAACCUCACACAGGUCACCUUCAGCACCUUCUCACACCUCCUCAGCCUGGUGGUGCUGAAGAUCUCGGACAAUCCCAACCUUGUAGCCAUCGAGAAGGAUGCUUUUGCCAACAACACCUGGCUGAGGCACCUGGAUGUGAGCCGGACAGGCUUAAAGUUCCUGGACACCAGCACUGUCCGGGACCUGCCCAACCUGAGGUUUCUGGGGCUCAGUGACAACCUGUGGCACUGCAACUGUUCCUUUUUGGACUUCAUCACCUGGAUGACAGAGAGCAACGUUCUUUUUCCAGAUGCUGACAACAUCACCUGCUACACCCCAGAAGGCCUCCGUGCCCUGAAAAUGCCUGCAGUGGAGACACAGCUCCACUUCAACUGCCUGACCCAGCUGUACAAGCAAGACUACAUCUUUCUGUGUCUCAUUGGCUUCUGCAUAUUCUUUGCUGGCACCGUGGCAGCCUGGCUGGCUGGUGUCUGUGCUGUUGUCUACGCAGUCCACACUUCAAAGGGGGAGGAGGAGGAGGAGGAGGAUGACACAGUCACUUAG